CGGCGGCUGCGACGAUAGCAGCGGCGGAGCGGGAGCCGCCGGGAGAGCCAGGCUCCCGCGAGCGGUGAGCAGUGGGCAGGCCGCGGGGCCCUGGGGGUGUCGGCGGCGCAAGUCUCGGCAGGGUUGCAGAGGGACCUUGCCGCAAUCCCUCCGCCUCCCCCGGCCCCAGUUUCCCCCCUUCUGGGAAGUGAAGGGUGGGCGACUCGCUCCUCCGGGAGCGCUCCGCUUCCUCUGACCCUCGCCCCCCCCCAGGCUUGGCUGAACGCCUCCCUGCUUUACAGCUCGGCCCAGAUUCUGCUUUCUGUGAUGGGACAUGUGCUCAGGGCCCAGCCCUGAAUCCAAAUGACACUCAUGCCGAUAGCUUCAGUGGUAGUGGUGGCUGAACCCAAAUGGGUCUCAGUCUGGGGCCGUUUCCUGUGGAUGACGCUGCUCAGCAUGGCACUGGGGUGGCUGCUGGCCCUGCUACUUCCCCUGGGUGCUGUAGAAGAGCAGUGUCUGGCUGUGCUCAAAGGGUUCUACCUGCUCAGGAGCAAACUGGACAGGGCACAGCAUGUGGUCACCAAGUGCACAGGACCAUCCACAGAGCUCAGUGUCACCUCCAGGGAUGCAGGGCUGCUGACAGUCAACACCAAGGCUUCUCCAGUGGGGAAGCUGGAAGCCAAGGCAGCUCUGAACCAAGCCCUGGAGAUGAAACGCCAGGGCAAGAGGGAGAAAGCCCACAAGCUCUUCCUACAUGCCCUCAAGAUGGACCCUGACUUCGUAGACGCACUCAAUGAGUUCGGCAUCUUCUCGGAAGAAGACAAGGACAUCAUCCAGGCAGAUUACCUGUAUACCAGGGCACUAACCAUCUCGCCCUUCCAUGAGAAAGCGCUGGUCAACCGGGAUCGGACGCUGCCGCUUGUGGAGGAGAUCGACCAGCGAUACUUCAGCAUCAUCGACAGCAAAGUGAAGAAGGUCAUGUCCAUCCCCAAGGGGAGCUCAGCGCUGCGCAGGGUCAUGGAGGAAACCUACUACCAUCACAUCUACCACACAGUGGCCAUCGAGGGCAACACCCUCACCCUCUCAGAGAUCAGACACAUCCUGGAGACCCGCUACGCCGUGCCAGGGAAGAGUCUGGAGGAGCAGAAUGAGGUGAUUGGCAUGCACGCUGCCAUGAAGUACAUCAACACCACCCUGGUCUCCCGCAUUGGCUCUGUCACUAUUGAUGACCUGCUGGAGAUCCACAGGCGGGUGCUGGGGUAUGUGGAUCCAGUAGAGGCCGGCAGGUUCCGGACGACCCAGGUCCUGGUGGGACACCACAUCCCACCUCAUCCCCAGGAUGUAGAGAAGCAAAUGCAGGAGUUCACACAGUGGCUUAACUCUGAGGAUGCCAUGAAUCUGCACCCCGUUGAGUUUGCAGCCUUAGCUCAUUACAAACUGGUGUACAUCCACCCUUUCAUUGACGGCAAUGGAAGGACCUCGCGCCUGCUGAUGAACCUCAUCCUGAUGCAGGCAGGCUACCCACCCAUCACCAUCCGCAAGGAGCAGAGGUCCGAAUAUUACCAUGUGUUGGAAGUUGCCAACGAGGGUGACGUUCGGCCUUUCAUCCGCUUCAUAGCCAAGUGUACUGAGACCACGCUGGAUACCCUGCUCUUCGCCACCACCGAAUACUCAGUAGCGCUGCCAGAAGCCCAGCCCAACCAUUCUGGCUUCAAGGAAACACUUCCUGUGAGGCCUUAACCCUGCCAGUCCUCCCUUGGCGACAAGGAAAGCCAGGGGGAUCAAACAGCCUUCUAGAAACCUAGUUAUCUUCAGUAGCAAAUGGAGACCUUUAAACAUUCUUUACCUCCAAAUGAUUUUUUUAGCUGAAAAGAAAACUAAAUUAUUAAGCCUUGUCUCUAAGAUAAUUUAUAGUUCAGCCAAGUUAUUUAUUUCUUUUUGAACAACCUGGCAGGGUCACGUGGGGUUCCUGUGGCUACUGUGCACAUAGUGGUCCCAGCACCCAGUAGGGGCAGCGAUGUUCUUGUAUGUCCAGAGCCCAGGUUCUGGACAGAACUUGCACUAAAGUCGGGGGAAGGGCCAGAGCUGUCAUUUCUCUGAAAUGACCUCAAGGCCCUGACUACAAAGAGAUUGCUGCACUCCUGGGCAGAUCCAAUGGACAUAUGUCUGUGUGGGUUUGAACCCCACUCCUGGUACCAAUUACUGUAUUAGUCACUUUUCUGUUGCUGUGAUGGAAACACUGACACAAGCAAUUUAUAGAAGGAAGAAUUUAUUUGCGCUUACGGUUCCAGGGGAAUUACAGUCCAUCUUGGUGGGGAG